AUCGAGGGGAUGACGUACAGUAGACAGCUGUCAUCUUUUUACGAAGUUGAUAUAUUCAGUGAUAGUGAGUGAAAUAUAUUUAGUUUAUAGUUCUCAUUUGCCAGAAUGUCGUACGCGUAUUUGUUUAAAUAUAUAAUUAUAGGCGAUACAGGUGUUGGAAAAUCGUGUUUGUUACUACAAUUCACAGACAAAAGGUUCCAACCAGUUCAUGAUCUAACAAUUGGUGUGGAAUUUGGAGCUCGAAUGAUCACAAUCGAUGGAAAACAAAUAAAGUUACAGAUAUGGGAUACUGCAGGUCAAGAAGCUUUUAGAUCUAUUACUCGUUCUUAUUAUCGGGGUGCGGCUGGAGCUCUUUUAGUUUACGACAUUACAAGAAGAGAGACCUUUAAUCAUCUGACUACUUGGCUUGAUGAUGCACGCCAACACUCUAAUUCAAAUAUGGUUAUCAUGCUGAUUGGUAACAAAAGUGAUCUUGAAAGUAGACGGGAAGUGAAGAAAGAGGAAGGUGAAGCUUUUGCCAGAGAACAUGGAUUAGUUUUUAUGGAGACAUCAGCCAAAACCGCUGCUAAUGUUGAGGAAGCUUUUAUAAAUACCGCAAAAGAAAUAUAUGAGAAAAUACAAGAGGGCGUUUUUGACAUCAAUAAUGAGGCAAAUGGCAUAAAGAUCGGUCCACAACAUUCCCCUACAAAUCCAUCACUGCCAGGUGCUGGUGGUGCAGGUGGUUCUCAGGGUUCAAGUUGCUGUUAAUUACUUAUCUGUCUCGAGGGUUUAAUUAUGUGUAAGAUAGAAAAACCCUUAUUAAAAAAUAUUGAAAGUGA